ACCCUUUAUGUAGCAAGGAGUUUUGCAGAGUAAUUGAACCCUUUUAGGAUAAUUAACCCAGGUUCUGUAAGGGGUCUGGCAAUACUGAUUUAACCCUCACCUUACAGGGAGACCUGCAGAAAAGCUACACUAUCAUCUGCUAUGGAACUAGAAUGAUUGUCUUUAAUUCUAUAUUUGUCAGGGCAGAUUGCAGAGUAAUUAACCCACUCCUAACUGGCAGGCUUAUAGACUGUCUGACAUAUUCAACUGCCAGUAUGUUUAGCCACUUUUAAAGAGAGAGCUUUAAUCUCCAUUUAUCAAUGACUUAGUAGAAACAUUUAACCCCUGUGCUGCCAGAGGGAUAUACAGAAUGCUUAAUUCCUUCAUUUGACACGCUAAUAAGAGUUUCUAAUCUGCCCUGCCAGGGGACUAAUACGAAUAGUUAACUAGUUUUCUGCAAAAUAAUGUGAGUAGUUAACCCUUCUGCUGCCUGAGAGUCAUGCAGUGUCAUGAACCUGUUUGCAGCCCGUGAGACAGCCGCAGAGCUCUGCCUCCUAUGGUUGUGACUGCUGCUGUCUCUCCUCCCCUCAGACACACGCCUCCCAUUCAUUGUCAGCUCUCUGUAGGUAACUGUCUUUUUAAGAGGCUGGAGAGGGGGGAGGGGGAACUGUCUGUGAGCUGAGCCCAGCCCAGAGAGACAGCUGGGGAGAAAGAGACAGCUGGGGGAGCCGGAGAGAGAGAGAGGAGACAUCCAAGGGAAGAUAGAAGCUAGAUCUAGAGAGGAAGAGAGAGAUGGGCAGAAAGAGACAUUCAGGAAUAAAUAGAAAUUCCUAGAUAUAGAGAUGCAAGCUCCUUGAGACAAAAAGGAAACAGGGACCUCUAGGAAUACAGGGAGGGAGAAAAAUAGAUCCAAGGAUAAAACAUAAGAGACAUUCGUUGGAUGAAAGAGUUGAGAGGGACACUGAUUAAAAAGAAUGGUAGGUAGACAUCUCUGUUCUCUGUGACCGCAUCCUGCUGAGAAAGACAGACUGGGCUUGGAAACCUCCCAAAUUCUGACUGUCAGUCAUCUUGGGAUAGAGUGCAGAGGAAUGCUAUUAGAGUGCUGGGGUCUAGGUUAGAUUUCCAGUGUGGGAUCCGGCAGGAGAUUGCGCAGGGGCUGUCGGAUUGAGAGAGCAUGAUGGUGGUUUGAGGGGGUCUUCCACACCCCCCAGUGGGUUGGAACAGUCUCUGCUGGCCUGAAGAUGUCUCGUGUUUCCGCUGGCAACGAACGGAUAAACGAUACGUCUGGUUCUACCCGCUCUGAAAAAAGCUCUGCCACCUCCUCAUGGCCUCCUCGCCCUCCAGGAGCUCGGUCAAGAAGUUCCGCCCCUGAGGAGCCACAUGUCGGAAAUUACAGACUCCUUAGGACUAUUGGAAAAGGAAACUUUGCUAAAGUCAAAUUGGGAAGACAUGUUCUCACUGGAAGAGAGGUCGCUAUAAAAAUCAUUGACAAAACCCAGCUAAAUCCAAGUAGCCUUCAAAAGCUCUUCCGUGAAGUACGAAUUAUGAAAGGACUUAACCACCCAAACAUUGUGAAGCUGUUUGAAGUCAUCGAGACAGAGAAGACACUAUACCUAAUCAUGGAAUAUGCCAGCGGAGGCGAGGUAUUUGAUUACUUAGUGUCUCAUGGUCGUAUGAAAGAGAAAGAAGCUCGGGCCAAAUUCCGACAGAUUGUCUCUGCUGUUCAUUACUGUCACCAGAAGAACAUUGUUCAUCGAGACCUUAAGGCUGAGAACCUCCUGCUCGAUUGUGAUGCCAAUAUAAAGAUUGCAGACUUUGGGUUCAGUAAUGAAUUUACUCCGGGUGGGAAGCUGGACACUUUUUGUGGGAGCCCCCCCUAUGCAGCUCCUGAGCUUUUCCAGGGCAAGCGGUACAACGGACCUGAAGUGGAUGUCUGGAGCUUAGGGGUUAUCCUUUACACGCUGGUCAGCGGAUCUUUGCCUUUCGAUGGACAGAAUCUCAAGGAGCUACGAGAGCGUGUCCUCCGUGGGAAAUACCGAGUCCCGUUUUAUAUGAGCACAGACUGUGAGAGUGUUCUGCGGAGAUUCUUGGUGCUAAAUCCAAACAAGAGAUGUACUCUAGAUCAAAUAAUGAGUGACAAAUGGAUGAACAUUGGUCAUGACAGUGAUGACCUUAAGCCGUAUAAAGAGCCAGAGGAAGACCAUGCUGAUCCCAAGCGCAUUGAAAUCAUGUUAGAUAUGGGUUACUCUCGGGAGGAGAUCAAAGAUGCUCUGAGCUCAAAUAAGUACAAUGAAGUAAUGGCUACCUACCUGCUGCUUGGAAGGAAGGCUGAAAAUGAAACGGUGGAUUCUCGAACAGACAGCACACUUUCCCUCUCUCGUUCUCGAGUCACCUCAGAUGUCACCAACGGUGCCACCAAGUCCUCUUCGAGUCACAGCAAAAACCAGCGUGGCUAUCAGAGGCAGAGGAGACACAGUGACUUUUGUGGCCCUGCCCCUGCUCCUUCGCAGGCCAAGCGGAGCCCCCCAGGGGUGGGAGAAGAGGGGACAGUUGGUGAGCGCCUUGCCCCCAGGAGGGGCAGUGGUUCAGUGGGUGGGAGCAGCCGGCCUCCCCCACCCUCUAGCCCCAUGGUUAGCCACGCUCACAAUCCCAACAAGGCUGAAAUUCCAGAACAGCGCAAGGAGGCUCCUCCCACAACAAUUAACACGCCUCCAGGUGUUAUGGGCCGCAGGAACACGUAUGUUUGUACAGAUCGCCACGGCUCAGAGCGUCACUCCCUACUCCAUAACGGAAAAGAGAACAGCUCGACUCCCACUCGUCCACCUGCCUCGUCACCCUCCACCCAGAGCAUUGCAGAACGAAGCACACUCUCCCGAGGAUCUAAUGUGCGCAGCACUUUCCACGGUGGCCAUGUGAGGGAUCGAAGGGGUCAGAACCCACCCCCAAGUUCUCCCACACGUCCUCAUGAAGGACUGAACCAGAGCAGGAGCCGAGCCACCUCAAAUCUGUUUAGCAAACUGACCUCCAAACUGACCCGCAGGGUCACAGACGAAUCUGAGAGAGUCUGGAGACCUGAGGUCACAGGUAGCUAUAUACCUUGGUAUAAAGCGUCGGCCCACACCGGCCUGCUCAGACCUCCCGGGGAUGUGAGGAAGUCCACCCGGCGCCCUCCCUUGAAUUCGCCAGCCCCUUCCACCGCUCCCAACGAACCUUCCCCACCGGGCAGACCACGCCCCUUACCAGGCAAGCUCCGCCCGCUUAUCACCGUUGGGACACUGGGACUUUAAGAAGGGGAAGUGAAAUGCUCUAUGGAAAUCCAUUGGAAUACAGUAGCUGUUAAGAGCUGGGACACAACUCUUUGGGUAGUCAUGCCCACCGUGCCAUUGGGAUGCUGUGCCUUUAAGAUGGACACACCCCCUUUUCUGGAUUGCCUCACCUGCAACACAUUGUUGGAGGUCCUCUUGCGUUAAGGGGAUGGACAAGUCUGCUUUAUCCCAGAAGACAUGCCCUUUUUGGAUGUGCCAUGCCCACUUAUGUACUUUAAAAGGGCUAUGACUUUAAGAGGAUGAGCUGUGACAUCACAGGGGAAGGGGCCUUGGUGAAUGGAAACUCCCAUGCACUUCUGGUCCUGCCCACUACACCAAGAUGUGUCUAAUGUGGGAGGGAACAUGCUGGAUCAGUGUUAUAUAAUUAGCAACAUGCUCCUCCCUUUCCACAGUUCAAAACAUUCUCUCUUAAAUACCCACUCAUAUUAACCCCUACAUUACCAAAUACUCUUAAUGAGACCCAUUCCUAUACAACUACCCCAUUAACAACCCCGUCCCUUAGUGAGUCUCGCCUUGAAAUUCCACGUAAACCCUUUCCCUAAUGUAUUUCCUGUUUUAAUGAGCCCCUUUGCAAGUUUUAGAAUCUUAACCAAUGCCCUAUUAUGAGCUGAUAAAUAAUCCGUCACAACGAGCUCCCCUGUUAAGAAUACCUUUCCCUACAGCAAUAUUCUCUACAAUUAAGCUUAUUAGUCUGUAAAAGAUACAAAUAAACACAACUAGAUCAGAGCCAUUUUAGAACCAUAUAUAAUCAUUACCAGUGUCUCUAAUUAUGCUUUCAUUGGUGAGAAUUUUAAAAUUAUUGUUACCAGUUAAAUUGGCAUCUGAAAUAGCAUUUAACUCGAAGUUUUAGAUUCAGAAGAAGAAAAAAAAAAGUAUGAUUUUAAUUCUGUUCUGCCCUCUUUAUCAUAGCUCAGUUUGUAUCCACGUUUGAAUGAUCUUUCUUGUAGUAGUUAAUGUUCAUAUUGAGCUGCAGGGUUAGGGGUUUAGACAACAAAUUUAAAACUAAAACCUAUUGUAGGAAUCAGUACGCAGAAGCUUGCUGAGCAUCAUGGGAAACACUCUCUUAAACAUUUGUAGGUGCAAGGAAGGUAGUGACACAUUCUCUUGUAUGACUAAUCCCCUUCAUUGGGUAGCCUUUCAUUCUGCUGUACUUUAAAUCAAUACUAAUUUAUUUUUGUGAAUACAGUGAUAUACAAAGUAUUGCCACCUUGGUCUCGCUUUCCCAGACAGAUAAUUAAUGUCUGAAAUGUUCACAUCACUCAACGUUAGAUUAAGCCGCCCUUCAUUAAAAUUUAUAUGGCACUAACAUAUUUACAAUAGGUAAACAAGACAAACCUUUAAUUCUAACAUUUGACAAAUGUUAAAAAGUAGAUGAGGAAGGCCCUCGCCAAAAAGAAUUUUUAAAGACACUGUCUAGACAACAUAUUAGCGAACGGUAGCCCUCUGGCUAGUAAGUGACUAGCUCGGGGGUCUGGGACUUGGAAUCCUGCAAAUUACAGUUCCCACUGUCCCAGCUCUAAUGCAUGUAAUAUUCUUGGGUGCACGUGUCCCCCUUCCAUUACCCGUCUCCCCUAACAGACACUCCCUUAACCUCCCCAUUCCCUUUAAUAAAUUAAUGGCGAUUUUAACGCUCAGUGCCCCUACCCAUGCACUGCCCACUUUCACCCACUGGUUGCUGGUCAUAUGGGCAGGGUCUGUAUAUAUGUGCGGGUCACGCAAAAUAUACAUUUUAAAGAUUGGGGCGGGGGGGGCCACAUGAUACAUACUGAACAUUUCAUCCUGUGCUAAUCUCUGCUCGGUACACAUAAGCACUCACAGUAUUGUCCACUGAUAUCUGCUAGCAUUGACUAAUCACUU